AUAUUAUUUAUUUAUUUUUGGUAGCAAAUUAAAUAAACUGUAGAUGAAUUCAGAAACGCUCCAGCUCAGCAGGCGGCGAUAUACCUUAGAUGUGUUUGCAACGAAAUGACGCAUUAAAUCCACCGAAGAGGAAAAUAAUGAAUUUGCUCAACUCGAACUGAUUCAACAAGCAGUGAGAAAUGGAGGUGGAAUGCUUUGUGUCCAAGACCCUAGAGCUCCUUCAGGAGGAGAGAGAAGCAGAGAUCGAGGAGACCAAGCUAUGGCAGGAGAAUGUCUCUCUGAAAGAUCUCCAGAGUAAAGGCGUUUGUCUCCUGAAGCUGCAGAUAGGAAGCCAGUCAACUGGCCUUUAUGGACGAUCACUCCUCCUCCUGGAACCCAGAAAACACAUGGGCGUCUCUGUGCUGCCUAGCAACAACUUUGGACCCGGAGACAUAGUGGGUCUGUAUGACCUGGAUGGCUGUAAGCCGUCCUCCCAGCUGUGUACUGGUGUCGUGACCCGCAUCAGUCAGUCAGCUGUCACCGUGGCCUGUGAGGACUCGCCGGACGGACUCAACCUGGACACAGACGCUCUGUACAACCUCAUGAAGCUGGCUAACGAUGUCACGUACAAACGCAUGAAAAAGGCCUUGAACACUCUGAAUGGGUACAGCAGUGGACCAGCCUCGGAUUUGAUCAGCGUUCUCUUUGGCUAUUCAGAACCUGGCUCGAUAUCAGAACCAAAUGAUCUGUCUUUCCUGAACAGUGGUCUGGAUGAGUCUCAGAGACAGGCUGUGUCGUUUGCUCUGUCUCAGAGAGAGGUAGCUGUAAUACACGGGCCACCAGGCACCGGCAAGACAACCACUGUGGUGGAAAUCAUCCUACAAGUGGUCAAACGGGGACAGAAGGUCCUGUGCUGUGCUGGUUCUAACGUGGCCGUGGAUAACCUGGUUGAGCGCCUGGCUAAGGCCAAAGCUAAGGUCCUGAGACUGGGCCACCCUGCCCGCCUGCUAGAGUCCAUUCAGAAACACUCGCUAGACGCCGUCCUCGCUCACAGUGACAACACCAACAUCAUCGCUGACAUACGCAAAGACAUCGACAAAGCUUUUAUGGGGAUGAAGAAGAUGAAUGACAAACGAGAUCGGAUCCACCUGAAGAGGGAGGUAGGAGAGCUGAGGAAAGAGCUGAGGACCAGGGAAGCUACAGCCAUUACUGAGGUCCUCAAACGUGCUGAUGUUGUUCUAGCCACUAACACAGGUGCUAAUGAUGGUGGCCCUCUGAAGAACCUACCUGUAGACCAUUUUGACUGGGUGGUGAUCGAUGAGUGUGCCCAGGCGUUGGAGAGCUCCUGCUGGAUCGCGCUGCUCCGAGGCAGGAAGUGUAUCCUGGCUGGAGAUUACAAGCAGCUGCCACCCACCAUCAAGUCUCACACGGCUGCAUCUAAAGGCCUGUCUGUCAGCCUGAUGGAGAGGUUGAUCCUGAAGUAUGGCGACUCCGUAGUCAGGAUGCUGACGGUGCAGUACCGUAUGAAUAGUCACAUCAUGACCUGGGCCUCAGAACAGAUGUAUCAGGGUCAACUCGUCGCACACAGCUCAGUGGAGAAACACCUGCUCAAAGAUCUCCCAGGAGUAGCCAGUGUUGAAGAGACCAGCACCCCUCUCCUCCUCAUAGACACAGCAGGCUGUGGACUUAGUGAGAUGGAGGUGACAGACGACCAGUCCAAAGGAAAUCAAGGUGAGGUGGACAUUGUGGAACUGCACAUCAAAGCGUUGACUGAAGCUGGGGUGAAACCUAAAGACAUCGCUGUUAUUGCCCCUUACAAUCUGCAGGUGGAUCUCCUGCGUCAGCGUCUCUCAGCGAGACAUCCUGAUCUGGAGAUCAAGUCUGUCGACGGAUUCCAGGGCAGAGAGAAGGAGGCUGUGGUGCUGACCUUGGUCAGAUCUAACAGGAAAGGUGAGAUAGGGUUCUUAGCUGAAGACCGGAGGAUCAACGUGGCGGUGACUCGAGCCAGACGUCACCUGGCCCUGGUGUGUGACACGCAGACCGUCCAGACCCACGGCUUCCUCAAGACCCUCAUCGAUCACAUGACCCUGCACGGCGACAUACGCACCGCCUUUGAGUACCUGCAGGACAUUGUGCCCCAGAACUACACCAGAGACCACCGAGAUACCAAGUCUAACAACACUAAAGCUACCGCUAGCAGCUCCACCUCCAACAAGCAGAAGGGCAGAGGCCAGGCUGGGAGCAAGGUGGAGCCAGGACACAAGAGGACCUCUGGGGGGAAGAAGACCCAGGGAGGAGAGCCCCAGACAGGUUCAGAUCCCGGCACACACAGCCAGGCCAGACGUUCCACCCACACAGAGGAGGAGCAGAGACUGACGCAGAUGAAAUACCUGGAGAUCAAGAACCAGGUGGAGUGGUUUCUCCAGGACCCAGACCAGACGGAGCUACGGUUUCCCUCGACCCUCAACUCCCACGACCGCCUGCUCGUACACCAGGUUGCAGAGGAGCUGUGCCUGAACCAUGAGAGCCAGGGAGAGGGAAAGGAUAGAUGCAUCACUGUCUCCAGACCCCCAACAGGGUCUAACAAGGCUGGGGAAGAAGAGGAGCAACAAGCCCUACAACCAGCAGCCGUCCUGGAGGAAGAGAGUUUUACAGGGCCUCCUGUAGGGCAACCGGCAGCCGUCCUGGAGGAAGAGAGUUUUACAGGGCCUCCUGUAGGGCAACCGGCAGCCGUCCUGGAGGAAAAGAGUUUUACAGGGCCUCCUGUAGGGCAACCGGCAGCCGUCCUGGAGGAAAAGAGUUUUACAGGGCCUCCUGUAGGGCAACCGGCAGCAGAUCUCAAGACUUUACAUCUGGAACGAAUGAGACGGGAGCAGAAGAAGAGGGAGCAGAAGAUGGAGCAGGAGAAGCAUCUAGAUACUGUCCGUACAGCAGGACAGACUCAGACUGCUAAGAAGGCCAAGGCAAAAGGAAAGACCAAAAAGACCAAAGCGGGGGCCUGUGAGAUCGCUGCGGCUGCGACAGCGGAUGAUGAUUUUGACACCCUAAUAGAUGCUGUGGUGAAGGCAGAACGCGUCUGUAGUUUUGUCAAGUGUAAAACGUUAGUAAUUCAUCUGGGACAACUCUGUCUGUUCUGCAACAGACAAUACUGCCUCGGUCACCACAUACCUGAGGUAAGACACAUUGAUGGGUGUGGAGAUCAAGCCAGGGCCAAUGCCAGGAUGAGGAUCAGUAAAGAAGGGGUUCUGUAUGCUGGUAGUGGACACAAGGACAAGUCUGUAGAUCCUAACAAGAAGGCCCAUCUACACAGGAAGCUGGACUCCAAACUCAAAGACAUGGAAAAGCAACGGAAGACCAAACCCAAAGAGAGUGACAACAAUUGACCUUUGACCCUUUUAAUUCCAGUUUGUCAGUGACUGUAAGCUCUGAGGUUGACCCUUUGUGGACUGAAUAGAUAUAAUUAUUAAACAGAUUACUGCAAAAUGA